AGGGGUCAAUUACGGUAAACAGUCGCGGCAGUAAAAAAUCAGUCAAAAUUUCAUGUUGAGUUUUUCGCCCAAACCCGGAUUCCAGCGGGGACGUAACGAUCUGUCCCGGCGGCAUGGCUCGCCCCGUGUCCCGCCACGGCGGCAGGAGGCAGUACGGCAGGUCACCGAUGGCUCCUACGGGCAGCGAGGCGGGGGGAAACUUCAUGUUCCCCGACUCGCCCUCCCCAAGUUACGGUGGUGAGUUUGUUCCCAGCCCCCCUCCCACGGAGCGCCCUGCCAGCCGGCGCAGAGGUCGGAUCCACGACCCCGCCGACCCCACCGCCAGCCCCACCGCCACGCCUAACAACACCCCGGAGACCGGACACGUCCGUAAGAUGCGCCCAAGGUCAGCUAAAGGUCGUCCGCGCCCGGGGUCAGCCAGAAGUCCCGACAUGACGGGAAGUCCGAUAUCUGCCUCACCGCCGAUGCACGGGUCGCCCGUUAUGCGCCCGUCUUCAAGAGAGGAUUCUGGGAUAGACAUCCUGGCUCUUAGUCCUCCAGCCAGACCAACCUCUGCCUUGUCAAGAUAUCGAGUUCUCCCUUCCAUCGGCCCCAGACCUGGGACAGCAUCAGAAGACAGUGGGGUUGAUGGCAUCUCCCAUGGCAUGGAUCACAUGACUCUGACUAACCAAUCAGGACACUCCACGGGAGAGCCACGGAAACGCCACAGGAAGCGGUCCACGGAAGAGGAGACGUACCCACAAUCCUCCUCUUCCCAACGGACCAAUCAGGGCUCAGAAGACUUGAGGAGAAAAAAUAGACACGACGCCAGAAUUCAAGACGAGACAAAAAUGCAUCACAGACCUACGAAAACACAUCAAAGAGAGGAAGGAAGGAUGCAGGAUGGAGAUGACAGAAGGCCACAAGAUGAGCAACAAGAUAAAGAAGCUGUACAGACUCCAAAACGGCCGGUAAGCGCCACGUGGCUCGCCAGAAUCCCCGUCCCUCACGAACCGGGGGUGAACCAGGACAGGCUACUGCUCGCCCUCAAGCUCCCCGGAGGUCAGAGGUUACAGCGGCACUUCCACGCCACGGACACGCUGAGCGGGAUCCUGGCGUACGCUCAGACUCAGACGGACCAGAAACUCGGAACGUGCGAGAUCGCGGUCCAGGGGACGCCGCAGAGACUGUUUACGUCGUCCGACUUUAAAAUGACGAUCGCUGAGGCAGAAAUUCAUGAGAAAACACUCUUGUACAUCCAGGCUGAUGAGGAGGAAGAGGAGGAUGAUGGGUUGUAGUUGCCAUGGCAACUCAGGCCAGAGCCGCCAUUGGUUGAUUCAGGAACCAGCUUACAAUAUUGAAGAAUGUACAUAUGUUUUGAUUGUAGAUUCUGUAUUACUUAAAUGUGAAUAGAAAAGAUUUUAUAUGAGAGAAAUUCUUCCUCUACACAUUCCAGUUUCAAUGUAUGGUAUCCUGUCUCUUUUGGGGGGCAAAUUUCGAGUUUAAAAACAUUGACAAGACUUUAAGAAUACAGUCUUCCUACAUGAAAAGCGGUCAGUCAAAGUGCCAAGUGCUGUCACUGAGCAUGAUUCUAAAUUGACCUCUUACUUUCUAGUAUGUUUUCUUUAAGGUUUUUGGGUAAAGGUAAAAAUAAUUCUGUUUCAGACUGGUGAUAUGUCACAGUUGUGAACUAAUUUUUACUUUAUGAACACCAGCACUUUUAGGCACUAUUCCAUAAAGACUAAGGUGUGUAUAGUGAGCUGUACAGAUUUUAAAAUUCCACGGAAAGUACACUAAGUGUACAAAUUAUCACAGCAAAGACUUGUACAUAAUAAAAUGUAUCAAUGGCUUUGUGGAAAAGUAUAGAUAUACUUAUUUAUAGUUGCUAUUAUGCAAGUUUUCUCUUUAGCCAGAGUACAGAACUAUGAAUGCAUUGUCACUAGAAAUGCAAUGCUUGGAUUAAACUUCUUCCACAAGAAUGGACCUUGCACUUCA